GCCUUGCCACAGAAAAAUAAAAGAAAAAUAAUAGAAAAAUAAUGUAUCCCACUUAAACCUCAUUUAUACCCCCUCACCCUUUUUCUCUCUUCCGUCCCCUCUACUUCCCUCCAAUCAUCCAACCAAGAAUGGAUUCAGAAAUAUUUCCAUGUUUUCUUUGCACUUCAACUUCCAAAACACAAAAAACAAAUGAUAAAAUUGGAGAAAAUGAAACAAAUAUAUCUUCAAACACUUUGAGAAACUUAUCAAAGAUGGUUCUUCCCCCUUUGGGUGUUUCUGGUUAUAACCACAAUGAUGUUCCCUCUAAAGCUUGGAUCCUUUCUCCUAUUGAUUCUAAGUACAGAUGUUGGGAGACGGUGAUGGUUGGGUUAGUAGCAUACUCAGCAUGGGUUUACCCGUUUGAAGUUGCAUUUAUGAAAUCAUACCCAAAAAGAGAGCUUUUUAUUGCUGACAACAUCGCCAACGUCUUUUUCGCCAUUGAUAUUAUUUUGACAUUCUUUGUUGCCUAUUUUGAUUCUAGAACUCAACUUCUUGUUUAUAACUCCAAAAAGAUUGCUAAAAGGUAUAUAUCAACAUGGUUGAUAAUGGAUGUGGCAUCAACAAUACCAUAUGAAGCAUUAGGUUUGAUGUUUACUGGGAAAUACAAAGUCGGACUUUCUUAUUCACUUUUAGGAUUGUUUCGUUUCUGGCGACUCCGACGAGUCAAACAAUUCUUCACAAGGCUUGAGAAAGAUAUCAGGUUCAGCUACUUUUGGGUCAGAUGUGCAAGGCUUCUCUUUGUGACGUUGUUUCUAGUGCAUUGCGCGGGAUGUCUAUACUACUUGCUAGCAGACCGAUACCCACACGAAGGGAAGACAUGGAUAGGAGCAAUGAAUCCAAACUUCAGGGAAACAAGCCUUUGGGUUCGUUACAUUUCUGCCAUUUAUUGGUCAAUCACCACUAUGACAACUGUUGGUUAUGGUGACUUGCAUGCCAAUAACACUAUUGAAAUGAUAUUCAUCAUCUUUUAUAUGCUCUUUAACUUAAGCCUCACUGCCUAUCUCAUUGGUAAUAUGACCAAUUUAGUCGUUGAAGGAACUCGUCGUACCAUGGAAUUCAGAAGUAGCAUUGAAGCAGCGUCUAACUUCGUAAGUAGAAACCGCUUACCAACAAGGUUGAAGGAGCAAAUACUAGGUUAUAUGUGCUUGAGAUUCAAGGCUGAAAAUUUGAAUCAAUUCCAACUCAUUGAGCAAUUACCAAACUCCAUCUAUAAGAGCAUUUGCCAACAUUUAUUUCUACCAACUGUUGAAAAUGUCUAUUUAUUUCGCGCUGUCACAAGGAAAACUCUCUUACUACUGGUAUCAAGAACAAAGGCAGAAUACUUACCUCCAAGAGAAGACAUAAUAAUGCAGAACGAAGCAGCAGAUGACAUAUACAUAAUAGUUUCUGGGGAAGUGGAAAAGAUAGAUUAUGAAAGUGAUCAGAAAGAGAUUAUUGUUGGAAAUUUGCAAGCCGGAGACAUGUUUGGAGAGGUUGCUGCUAUCUGUUCUACUCCACAAGCCUUCACUUUUCGCACAAAAACACUUGCACAACUUCUCAGAUUAAAAACUUGUAAUCUUAUUGAAGCAAUCAAGAUCCAUCAAGAAGAUAAUAUUGUCAUGGUUAACAACUUUCUUCAGCAUAAUAGGAAGCUUAACAUACUGAGCGUGGGAGAAUGGUUGAUUGAGAAUGCAGAACGCGAUGGUGAACUAGUCAAAGCAUUGAUUUUAAUGAAUGUUGCUGCUGCUGGUAAUAGCAUUUUUCUUGACAAGCUUCUCAAUGCAAACUUUGAUCCAAAUGUUUGCGACUCACGAGGAAGAACACCAUUGCACGAAGCCGCUUCAAGAGGACAUGAAGAAUGUGUUGUAGUGCUUCUAAACCAUGGAUGCAAUGUACUGUUACAAGAUGUAAAUGGAAACACUGCUUUAUGGGAUUCUAUAACUGCUAAACACUACAAGAUUUUCCAAAUGCUACACAAUUAUGCUACUAUUUAUGAUCCACAUGUAGCAGGCGAUCUUCUAACCACAGCCAUACAAAGAAACGAGAUUGAAAUGAUCAAGGAUAUGUUACAAUCUGGGUUGAACCCGGAUUCAAAAAAUCUUCAUGGAUUAAGAGCUCUCCAGGUUGCCUUAGCAACUAAUCAUCUUGAGGUAGCACAGCUACUAAUAGCCCAUGGUGCAAAAACUAGUCAUCUUAAUGGUCAUACUUUUUCGUCCAUUUUCGCCGCUGGUGAUCAAUACUUGUUACAAGCAAAUAAGAUGCUAAAAAUAUUUCCUGGGAAUAAACAAGUAAGCGUACCAAAUUGGAAGAAUGAGCAAUUUUGUGCAAGGAUAAAUUUAUAUAAGGGACAUCCAAUUUUAAGCAAGGCAUUUCAUAAGAAUGCAACUGGAAGACUUAUUAUGUUGCCUAGUUCAUUCCAGGAACUCAAAAGAAUUGCAGGCUUGAAGUUUGAAGUUGAUGCAGAUAACAUCACAAUUGUUAAUGAAGAAGGGGCAGAGAUUGAUUCCCUUCAAGUGAUUAGAGACAACGAUAAAUUAUAUGUAGUUGAAAUAAAAUGAUAUCAAUCUCUGAUUUAAUCGUAUACUAGACUUGUGUCCUGCCAAAUAUAAGUAUUUCUAAUUCAAAGGUUUGUGGCAAUUUGUCGCAAAGAUAUUA